UGAUUUUAAAAUAUUGGUAUAAAUAAAUGUUGAAAUUGUGAAAAAACUUUAUUGUGUCCAAUAGUCUGUAUUAGACACAACUGAAGCCACCAUGAUGAAAUUCUUUGUAUUUUUAACCCUUGCUGCUUUGGCCAGCGCUGAAUUGGUCCGUGUGCCAAUUCACCGCCAGGAGAACUUCAAGAAGACCCUCGGCAAUGUUAAGGCCGAAUUGAAUGUGUUGCGCAGCAAGUACAAUGUGCCCACAACCCGUGCUGUCGAAGAACAAUUGGAGAACACCGUCAACAUGGAAUACUACGGCACUAUUACCAUUGGCACUCCCCCACAAGACUUCCUGGUCUUGUUCGAUUCUGGCUCCUCCAACUUGUGGGUGCCAUCAUCCCAGUGCUAUGCCAAUAACACCGCCUGCCAAAACCACAACAAAUACGACUCAUCUGCCUCAUCCACCUAUGUUGCCAAUGGUGAAUCCUUCUCCAUUCAAUAUGGAUCCGGCAGUUUGACUGGUUAUUUGUCCACCGAUACCGUUACUGUCAACGGAUUGGCCAUUGAAUCACAAACUUUUGCUGAAGCCAUGGCUGAACCCGGUACCAGCUUUGUUGACUCUAGCUUUGAUGGUAUCUUGGGUAUGGCCUACCAAUCCAUUGCUGUCGAUAAUGUAGUCCCUCCCUUCUACAAUAUGUUCAGCCAAGGUUUGGUUGAUUCCGAUGUCUUCUCCUUCUAUUUGACCCGUGAUGGUACCUCCACCAAUGGUGGUGAAUUGAUUUUGGGUGGUGUUGACUCUACCCUGUACAGCGGUGACCUUACCUAUGUCGAUGUCUCCGAACAAGGCUAUUGGCAAUUUGAAAUGGACAGCGCCUCGAUUUCCGGUAAUGUUGUGUGCUCCAGCUGCCAAGCUAUUGCCGAUACUGGCACUUCUUUGAUUGUUGCCCCCGAAGAUGCUUACCUUGUUUUGAAUGAAAUUAUUGGUGGAAGUGAAAACGAUGAUGGCCAAUUCUUUGUUGAUUGUGCCGAUAUCGGCAGCUUGCCCACAGUCGAACUCACCAUUGGUGGCACCCUCUUCAGUUUGACCCCCGAUAUGUACAUCGUCGAUGUUGUUGAUGAUGAUACCACCUAUUGCAUGUCUGCCUUCACCUACAUGGGAACCGAUUUCUGGAUCUUGGGUGAUGUCUUCAUUGGUCCCUACUAUACCGCCUUCGAUUUGGGCAACAACCGUGUUGGUUUCGCUCCAAUUGCCUAAAAAACAGUUAAGAGUAAUAAAUAAAGUGUUGAAGAAACUUUAACUUAGAUGAAAUAAG